CAAUGAGUCAAUUUACUUAAAUUUCAUAGUAGAUUACAAUUGAUCUCAAGAAAAUGUCAUAAAAUCAAUGUAGUAGAACAUGAAGGCAUCAUUUCACGGUUUUUAAAUUGAAGAUGUACUAUGUAACAAUGUAGCACAACGAAGGAUAGGAGAUCAAUUGAAAAUAUUUAAAUGGUAAAAAAUUCAAACUGUGACUUUUGAUUAAACAGAUUCUGAACACGGUACAGUAAGUACAUUCUGGCAGCCGUAUAAUUCAUGAUGUUUUUAUUAACACGUGUCAUCUGUUUUGAUUUGUGUAUAGGACUAACGAAAUUCCGUAAAACUCGUAAAACAAGAAAAUGAAUGAAUUUGUGUAAGAUUUAGCCUGAUAUAGUGGUGAGCGUAUGUUGGGGAAUAAUUAUGCACUACAGAUAGUACAAUGAACAUUUGUCGACGUUCAAAACUCAAAAGAAAAGCGGGUGUUGCCCUUUUCAUAUAUAUGAUGGCAUUCGGCUAUAUUUAUAUGUAUUUUAUGCAGUAUAUUGCAGUGGAAGAAAACAUUUCGUUGUCAGAGGUGUCACGUGAUGAAGGCAAGCCAAUUGAUUUGUAUAUCCGAAAGACUACGGAUAUAUUAAAUAUUCAAAAAGAAAUGCAAAUAAAAUUGGAACCAAUGACGGAAAAAAAUAAGUUAGAAAAUGUAAAAGUGACACAAAAGCAGCUGGUAAAGAAAAAUGAUAAUAAAAAGCCAAUAAAAGUAAACAAAGUGGCAGGAGGUAUUGCCUUGAAGAAAUCCUACGACAGGGAAUUUAAGUACCCUAUUGACAUUAAUCUGAAACAACUAGUCCAAAAAUUGGAAUCCGGUGACAAAUCUUCUGUUCAACCAAUCAACGAACAUAAUUAUCAUUUGCUUUAUACUCCUACCAAUUCAUGUGUAUUCGAACCAGAUAAUUCGACACGUUCUAAAAUUGUAAUUCUAGUCAAAUCAUCGGUGAAAAACUUUGAAAGGAGGAAUGUGAUACGGAGUACAUGGGGAAAAUAUCUAGAGAAAAAUAUGCGUUUAGUCUUUCUUUUAGGACUUCCAUCAAACGGAAACUUAGCAAUUAGAAAGGAGAGUACAUUAUAUGGGGAUAUAGUCCAAGAAAAUUUUAUAGAUAAUUAUUGGAAUAAUACGGUAAAAAUGAUGAUGGCUUAUAGAUGGGCCGUAUCGUUCUGUGAUACAUCCAAUUAUCUUUUCUUUGUUGAUGAUGAUUAUUUUGUAAACAUUGACAAUCUCCAAUCAUAUAUCAAUAAAGUAAAGAAUAACAAAAUGUUGUUUAGUGGAACGUUUCUCGGGCGAUCUGUGCCCUACAGAGUAAAUGGAUCAAAAUGGUACAUAUCGUGGGAAGACUAUCCUUUUGAUAGAUGGCCGCCAUAUUUAGCAGGUGGCGCUUAUUUUGUAUCACUUCCGUUAGCCCGGAAAUUCAAUUUAGCAUUUCCGUUUGUCAAAACAAUGCAUAUAGACGACGCUUAUUUAGGCAUUGUUGCGAAAAAGCUUGAUGUAAGACCAUUGCAAAAUAAAGAUAUCGGAUAUCGUAAAGUGGGAGUACAAUCACUUAGAAGGUACAUCGCUUGUCAUGGGUAUGAUAAAAAAGAGGAUGUGGAAAAGGCAUUGACUUACAUGAGACAGUUUAAAGUGAAUAUUAAACCACCAAAGAUUGUGCAACAGAUCAAAGUACCUCAAAGAAUUGUUAAAGUAUAACCAUUUUCAUUAACGAACUUGUGCAACGGAACUUCACUGCCAUUACCGAAGUUGUUCAGGUGCCAAAUCAUUUUUCGUCUGUGAUGCCCAAUCAUGUUGUUUAUUUUUCGUAACUAUGCACUCUAGAAUCAGGGGAUUAUGUUAUAUAUGGCAUCCAUAUGCAUUCAUUCAUUUUUCUUAUUUGAAAAAAAUGAUUGAUUUAGUAGAUACCUUAAAGUAUUGUUAGGGCAGUUUUUUUUAUACAGAUAUGUACCUCCAAAGUACUAUACAUUUGUAUCCUUUUAGAUGAUUUAAUUUCGUCUGGGUAAUACCAAAAUUUUAAAUGAUGGUGGCCAGUUGGGACAUCAUGUAUUGAAAACAGCUGCAUAAUUAAUUCAAUUAUUUGGCCAGUAACAUUUGAAUUUGGCCCAUGCAUUUUUAACACUAGUGACCUAAUAGUAAUUGACUACUUGUUUCAAACUGCUGUUUUGAGGCCUGCGUGAUAGCUCUUCUGUUCAUGAAUAAACAUUGAAAUAGCACACAAAAUUAUGUUUGUAGUGAUUAGGAAAUGAAACUCAAAAAGCCACAUUUUUAGGAUAAGAAGUCGAAGACUAGCAUACAUGUGUUAGUAUAAAGUUUUAUUUUCUUUCUUGCAAUUUUUACAAAUACUGCACCAUGUUAAAAGGGAGAUAAGUCAUUCGUCACAACUCGGCAGAUUCCCGAGGAUUGCCGAUUGGGAGAUAUGUCAUUCGUCACAACUCGGCAGAUUCCCGAGGAUUGCCGAUUGGGAGAUAUGUCAUUCGUCACAACUCGGCAGAUUCCCGAGGAUUGCCGAUUGGGAGAUAUGUAUUAAUUGAUCAAGACUUUAGUGAUAGGAAUACGAAUAAACGAUGUAAAACAUGUAAAUAGCGUAAUAUCUGAUUUGAUUUUACAUUGUGAAGGUUUUUUUUAUUUGUUAAACAUCAUGCAAUAUACUGGUUCACAUAUCAGAUUUCUGUUCUAUUUUUUCUUGUUAAUCUAGGUGUUCAAAUAAUUAAAAAAAAAUUUUUUUUUAUAUUAACAACAGUAAGAUCCCAGGACACCGAAUGUAUCUUAUUACAUUCAUUUAAGAAAAGACAAAUUAAGAAAUAAUUCCUUCGUGUCAUGCUCUAUGCUCAUUUUAACAUGGGUAGGCAUUAUAUUUGUCGAUAUUUUACACUGAGAGUUAGCGAGGUGUAAAAUGUGGUCAAAUAUAAUGCCUAACCAUGUUAAAAUGAGCAUAGAGCAUGACACGAAGGAAUUAUUUCGAUUCUAAUAGGACAAAUACAGUAUUUUUAUAGGUCGAAUCGUACGAAAAUACCGUAAAAAUGUUUCGCUUUUCCCGUUUCCUCCCCGAGGAGUUUGUGCAUUACAUUUCAUAUUUUAUAAGUUUAAAAACUAUGAGCUGGGUAAAAAUCUGUUGUUUUAUAAAAUUAUAUAAUAAAAAAUUAUGCUAGCUGCUUAAAUAUAUACAUUUUAAAGGGUAGCGAUGGAAAUAACGUUAAUAUACACAGUAAGUUCGUGCGCAUAUGUGUCAAACAUAUUUUUUAUGCUCAUUAGAACACGGCUUUGUUUACAAAGCGUAAUAAGGACGUCAUAUUAGAAUUAUAAAGUGAUCUUUAAGCUCAAGUUUGGUUUUUUUUUGCUGUCACUGAAAAUGAGGACUUAAUUCAAAAUUUAUUAUAAAGUUACAACAUCUAUCAUGUAUUAUGACUAUCUUGGGAUACUCAGGAAAAGAUUCAAGAAAGUGAAAUAACGGUACAAUAUGUAUUUUGUAAUACAUCGCCUUUUCAUUUGAAUCUAUUGUUUUCAAAGAUUUUUUUAAUUCUUAUAAUUUCUGAUUUACACUUUUUUUGGUGUCAUGCAUGACAUUGGGUAAAUUAUAUGGAAAUUAGUUGUCUAGGUAGAACAAGUUAAAGACUUAGAGAACAUGUUAUCACGACACAGCAAUCCUUUGUUACAAUUUAGCUAAAUCGUUCUCCACACUACUUGGCAAUUCGUUUUGAGGAGUGAUACAGUAAUUAUAACGAUUUUUUAUAACGAAAUAGCUCAGACAUAUAAACAGUAACUGCAUGUAACUGAGCCGUAACGACUUAGAAUUAAACCACACCCUUUAACUGACUGACGUACGAAAAAUUGGUAUUUGUCAAGUCCAAUUAUAUUAUGUACGUCUUUUUAUACAAUGUUAUUUCCGGAUAUCUGUCAUUUCUCGAAUUUUUGAAGACGCUAUGAAUUUAAAAUUUCAAAUAACACAGACUCCUAAAGAAUAUAAGCAUUACAAAAAAUUAAAAAAUAAUAAACAAUCGCUCAUAUUAUUUUUUUUGUUAAAUGUUACGGGUUUUUUAUUCCUUCAGUUAUAUUUUUUGAUUUGUUGUUUAAUUUUAUGUUUGCUCAAUUAUCUUAAAUAAAAUUAUAUAUUUAA